AUGUCAAACACCUGUAGAUCAUUGGAUUAUUCAACCAGUGUGAAGCUAAUGGAUCUAGAGGAACAACUGAAGAUCUACCAGGAGGAGCUGGAGAAGAAGGAUAAGGUUAUCAGAACACUGACCCAGUUGAGAGGAAUUGAUGAGUCACCCUCAGGUAUUACAAGUAAACUGGGUUCAUCAAAGGUCACAGAGCUUCGAGACAGACUGACAGCAAAAGAGGUUUCAUCGCUGCAGCAGAGAGGGGAACUGGACAGAUACAUGAAGAGUGAUGCCCAACAAGCCUCGCUCAUCCAGCCCCUGAACAAUCGCAUGAGACCAUCCCAGGAAUCGUCAGGCACUGUGGCCAGCGUGAAGUCUCAGAUGAACCACAGCAUCCACAGCCUACAGGCCGAGAACCAGGAGCUGAGAGACAGGAUAUCUGAACUGGAAGAACGACUCAGGCUGCACCUGCGAGAGAGGGAGCAGAGCGAGCAGAAGGCAGUGAGUAUGGAGAGGAGACUGAGCACUGGCAUCGAGAAACUUGCCCAGAGCCUGAACACAGACCCUGAGGGCCAGCGUGAUCCACUUGACUACCUGACUAGCAAGGCUUCCGAGCUGUUCCAGGAACACCUCCUGUGGGAGACAAGGAUAGCCACGCUGGAGAAAACACUGGCCAAUCAGGAGCUGGAGUUCAGGGCCAGUCGUCAAACACUAAUGAAGCUGGUCUCUGAUGCAGGCAAAGCACAGCAGGUGGCAGCCUCAUAUGGUGAGGACAUGGGAGCCUUCAGAAAGGAGAGGGAUGAAGCUUUACUCCAGAAGAAGAGGAUGGAGCAGGAGAACACGCUCCUUCACGAAAGGUUGGAGGACUGCCAGCGAGCUUUGGGCACCGCUUGCCAGGCACAGGCCCUCAGUGAGAAACAAGUGAGUGACCUGGAUGACUGUCUGCGCAGCAGCACCUACCAAACAAAAGCUGCCAAUGUGUUGCACCAGAGUUUCAUUGACCAGCUGGCAGCUUUGCUGAGUAAUGGUUUUGUCAGUGUUCCGGCCAAAGAAGAAGCAAUCAAAAGCAAAGUGAAGGAAAUCUGCAGGAAUGAUCAGACCCGAACAGCGAAAGUGAAGGAGCUGGAGGAGCAGAUCACUCAGGUGAACAAACAGUUAGAGCAACAGAGCGAAACCUACCACCAGAUGCUGAGCCACGCUCGAAGGGCGGAAGAGAAGCUAAACGAGCGGGAAGAUGCCCUCAGGCACCUGGAAGGACAGCUCACCGCCGAGGACCUGCUGAGAGGUGGCCGCCAGCUUGAACGGCAGAAGCAAAACAGCCCAAAACUGGAGCCGCAGCGCAUGAACUUCCUGCAGCAGCUGGCAGAGAGGAUGAAGGUUGAACAGGACAUGUUGCUGGAUGGCUGGGAGUCUCAGAGCCAGCAGCUGUUGGCCAGGGCUCAGCAGCUCACCGAGUUAGAGGCCAAGAGUCUCGGUGACAACCAGGAGCUCCUGCACAUUCUACAGAAGAAGGUGACUGUUCAAAGAGAGAAGCUGGUGAGCAGCAAACGUCAGGUUGAAGUCCUCACUGCCAAACUGGACCAGCUGGAGGCAAGGACACCCAGCUUGGAGGGUGUGGCUGGACAUGGGGUAAAGGACAAGGCACUUUCAAAACUGCAGCAGAGAAUGCAGAGGCUGCAGGAGGAGCUGAACGAGGCAAAGAUCACCAACCGGAAUCUGAGAGCAAAGUGUAUGGAAAUCACCACCCUUAAAGCAACGACCAAGGAACAGAGCAGGACGAUCGAGAAGUUGAGUGAAUCCCUAGAAAAACUGGAGGCCAUAAAGGAAAAAGCAGCUCAGAAGGUGGUGACCCUUAGAUCGGAGCUGGACCAGGCAGAACACGGGGCCUGGGACAGGAAUGAGCAGACACAGAACACACUGACAGCUCUAGGUAAUGAACUCCGUUCUACAAAGAGAGCGCUGCACGAGGUAGCACAGAGAGAGAGACAGUUGGUGGAUUUCCGUGAGUUUGUAACAAGAGCUCUGGGGUUUGACACAAACAGCAUGGCUGUUCCCGACGAGAGGAUCUAUCUUCAGUUGAAGAGCCUCGUACAGACUCAGCGAAGCCGCAGCCCAAAACCGCUCCACUCGGACAACUCGCUGCGAGGCAGCAGCGAUGGAAUCGGAGUCAGAUACGUAGGCUUCCAGCCCGCACCCAGCCCUCCUUCCGACUGGGACCAGCGCAGGUCUCAACCCAGCUCUCUGCUCAGGAACUACAGCAGGGCUGCCCGGUGA